AGACGUAAUAUUAUUCAUCCGAUCAGCUGACUUUGAAUGUGAUGCUACUGAAGGUCCUCUGAAACAACAACCUGAUCAUUUUGCUCUUAUGCGUUGAUAAUUAAAAGAAGUGCUACAUUUUAUCAUACGGUGUACGAUUGUAACAAAUCCACCCCCUGUAUAGGGCAGGAGAACAGAGGACGCAUACAGCCAUGACUGAGUUCUGGUUGAUUUCGGCCCCUGGCGAUAAGACGUGCCAGCAAACAUGGGACAAGAUGAACAUGGCCACUUCACGUCCCAACAUCCUCUCCACCAACAACAAGUUCAACAUCCCUGAUCUUAAGGUUGGAACCUUGGACGUUCUCGUGGGUUUGUCUGAUGAUCUGGCCAAACUGGACUCUUUUGUGGAAGGUGUUGUGAAGAAGGUGGCACAGUACAUGGCAGAUGUGCUGGAGGAUAGUCGAGACAAAGUCCAAGAGAACUUGCUGGCCAAUGGAGUUGAUUUGAUUACCUACAUAACAAGGUUCCAGUGGGACAUGGCCAAGUACCCAAUUAAACAGUCUUUAAAAAAUAUCUCCGAUAUCGUCUCCAAGCAAGUGACUCAGAUUGAUAAUGACCUGAAGGCCAGAGCAUCUGCCUACAACAACCUGAAAGGCAACCUUCAGAACCUGGAGCGGAAAAACGCGGGAAGCUUGCUGACCAGGAGUUUGGCUGACAUUGUGAAAAAAGAAGACUUUGUGCUUGACUCAGAAUAUCUUAUUACCCUUUUGGUUGUUGUUCCAAAGACAAGCUAUGCUGACUGGCAGAAAACGUAUGAAUCCCUGGCUGAAAUGGUGGUUCCUCGAUCAACAAAUCUGUUGUUUGAAGAUGGAGAAAGUGGCCUGUUCAGUGUCACCCUCUUCAGAAAGGCGGUAGAUGACUUCAGACACAAGGCCCGGGAAAAUAAGUUUUCUGUGCGUGACUUCCAGUACAAUGAGGAGGAGAUGAAAGCAGACAAAGAGGAGAUGACGCGCCUCUCCACUGACAAGAAGAAGCAGUUUGGCCCGCUGGUUCGGUGGCUCAAAGUGAACUUCAGUGAGGCAUUCAUAGCUUGGACCCACAUUAAGGCUCUGCGUGUGUUUGUGGAGUCUGUCUUGAGGUAUGGGCUGCCUGUCAACUUCCAGGCCAUGCUUCUUCAGCCCAAUAAGAAGAACAUGAAGAAACUGAGGGAGGUCCUCUAUGACCUUUACAAACACCUCGACAGCAGUGCGGCUGUUAUAGAUGCAUCCAUGGAUAUUCCUGGUCUGAACCUAAGCCAGCAAGAGUACUACCCUUAUGUUUACUACAAGAUCGACUGUAACCUGCUGGAUUUUAAAUAAGAUGGCACCAAUCGUCUUUAUGUCAGUGUGAAGCCUCAUGUCAGAUUCCUAAAGCUUUAAUUUAUUUCCUUAUGUGGCUUUCAAAAGUUUUCUUUCAGUUCCAAUGAGGCUGUUUUUUUCCGUACCCUGUCUGUUUGACUUUAUCAGCUGUGUCCCUGCUUUUGUGUAAAUUGAAGCUGCCUGUGCUCAAAAGGCCAUACUGCAUUAUCACCAAAGCUGCAAAGCUGUGUUUAUAUUUUAUUAUUUUAUGUUGUUAUUCCUGUGAAAACUGUCGGUGUUACAGUGAUUAUUAAUCACCGUACAGAAUACAUGAACACUCUGUGAAAACAAUGAUAUAUUUGGGGUCCAGUAUGUAUCCUGAAUUUGAAACCAUUCCUUUAUUUGUGUUGAUAAUGAUGUGUUAAAGUGAAGAUGUGAAUGGAUGGACCAUUAUAAAGAUGGUGUGGUAGUUCUUAACCCCCCCACUGCAGUCUAACAUCAUGUGGUAGAUGUAGUGAUCAUCUCUGAUUGUGGUAUCAAAGCAAUAUGUAUAUUCACAUGUGUUUAUGAAACAAUUUAUUGAAAAACAAAACAGUCCCAACACUUAAUAUACAAAACAAAUAAAUGUAUAUUUAAAAGGACAACAAAA